AUGCCGCAUGCAGUUUUUGCGCUGAGUCUCGCAGCGACCGAUUCUAUAAAAGCUGAUGAUCCGACAUACUUCAAACUUCUCAUUCGAGAUAUUGAUAAUCCAUCGGGACAGCUCAACGAUGGAAGCUUGUGUUCGAGUUUUGAGUUCGCUGGAGUUGGAUGCAAUAUGACCCUUCAAGCGGGAGUUUCAACUACCACUGCCCAUUCCAUCACAUUGAGUGAAGCAAUCGCAAUCACAACCGGAUCCAACAAAGCUGUCGGUCUUAAUCUGAUAGUGGCUGAUUCAAGUCCUGCCAGUGAAUUGACUGGUUUCUCUGUUCACAUUGUUCUCAAGUCCGGAAGCAAUCUAAUCGACGACUAUGUGUUCAAUGUUUCAACGUCCGAUCCAACAGGAUUCGCUUCUUAUUCGAAUUCGCGAGACGCUGCCAAACCAACAUUCGUCUCAAUUGCCUGGGCAUCGAAUCUUCCGCCACCAGCGACGACUACUUUCGCACCAUCCACCACACAAGGAUCGACUGUGUCGCCAACUUCUCCACCGUCAACGACUACAGCUCCAAAACUGCCAAUUGAUUGCAAUGACAUCGAGCAAGACGAUCGGACGGAUGGCGAGAAGACCAUCUAUCCCGAUGGUGUCACACCAAUUAAACUUUCAAUCGCUGAAACUUUCAGUCGUGGUCCGAGCUGUGUCGAAACAAACUUCAAUGCGACAUUCGAUGAGUACAAAUCAGCACUGGGAUGCUCGGAUCACGGCGAUGGCAAUUACUGGAUGGGUCUCAACGCGAUGCAUAAUCUCACCAAUUCUGGCAAGGAUUACGCACUGCGUAUCGAUUUGUGCUGCAAAAAGAAGCCCGUGCAAACACUCAUUUAUCACCAAUUCAAGAUUGACGAUGAAUCUUCAAACUAUACAUUAAGAGCCACUGCUGAUAUUUCAGGUAUUGGAUUGGACUUUAGCUCAGGAGCGAAAGAUAUUAAUGCUCCAUUCGCUACCCCUGACAGAUAUAUUCGUCCGAACUCUAUUGCUAGUUGCGAUAUUCUUGAAUAUGAAGAUGAUGGUAAUAAAGUACAGAAAUAUGGUGGAUGGUGGUAUGGAAGUUGUGGAAACAAUUUGAAUGGAGCACUAUUGGAUUCGAACAGUCUUGGCGAUUCAUGUUCAAUUAAGAACUUCUCGAGAGUAAAAGAGCUUGGAAUCGCUAUGAAAACCACGACAGGAACAAACUCCGGCGGAUGGAAUCUCGAUUUGGUCUCUUAUGAUCGCGUAAGAAUGGCAGUGUUUGAUUUCGAUUCGCUGAUGAUCGAUGAUCGCGACAAAUUCUGUGCCAAUUGA